CUAACUAAGCGGAAGCUAACGAAAGAUCAGAGACCUUCACCUCACAGCCAAGAAGCAAGCACGAAAAAAUCGAAUUGGUUUACACUAGUUCGUAAGAAGCGAUAUUGUAUAUUGGAACGUUCUCCAUUUUCGUUUAUAAUUUUCGGGACCAAUAGCCUUGAGUGUGGCAAACAUUUGAAUGAUGUAAUGUUAUUAUUGAAUAUGAUUGUUCUUCUCGUGGCGGUAGCUGUGGGAGCAUUUAGUGCUUCGCUGAUCAAUGGGGACUAUAGUAGCGAUGUUUGUAAUUCCCAACAAGAAACUUUUGAGCCGAUCAUUAAAAAUGAAAAAGCUUUGGAAGUAUUUUACUUCGUGAACGAUACCAAAGAAACGAUACAGUUGACGUGGGCAGGUGAAAAUAGUGGAGUCUUAAUUCUGGUAACAAUGACUGAGGGUGAAUCUGGUCCAGGUUUGACUUCUGAUAUCUACCGUAGUGACAAUAACGGCAAAACGUUCACCAAAAUAACUAGAGAGUUGGGCGAAAAUAUCUAUAUACGGCGGGAGAAUGGCUUGCAGCGCCACCAGAAUCAGAGGGAUUCGAAAGAGCUAUUCGUUAUAUGUUACGAUGUAGAAAACAUGAGCAAAUCUAUGAUAUUUGUUACAGAGGAUGGAGGUUCGACCUGGGAAAGGUCUAGUGUACCAUUUGUCUUAAGUGGUCAGUUGCGUUUCUAUCCCCGUGAAAGACUUUCGCCAUGGGUCUUAACUUUGGAAGAAAAAACCUCUAUUCUGUAUCUUUCCUUGGACAACGGAAAAACAUGGAGGAGCAUUCACGAGAAUGUUGUAGAUUACUUUUGGUCCAUUUAUGAGUCGGAUCCAGGCGAGACCAUAUACAUACUUUAUCAAACACCGCUGAGUAAAAAUGGAAGUGAGAAGCACGUACUAGCCAAGUCUUCUGAUUUGGGAUUAACCUGGUCUGAGCUUCUUAGGGAUGUAAUCCGGGUAUGGGCACCUCGUGGGAUCAAAGUUGAUAUUCCAAAGCCGCACGACAAGAGCAUUAUCUCAUUUGAGCCAGAAACAGUCGGAGAUUAUGAAACAAUUAAACUGGGGCACUUUCUCUAUGCUUCACACUACUCAAACUCUGGAAACAGAACAUUGCAGUUAAGUGUAUCAACUGAUGGGGGGAAGACAUUUAAUAAGGCCCACUUGCCAACAAUACAGUCAGAGCGGUUUUACUCAGUAUUGGAAGUUGAAGACGAUUCAGCUUUUGUUCAUGUGGAUGCGCCUAAUGAUACUGGUUACGGAGCGUUAUUUAUAUCGGAUAUUACUGGCACGGUAUUCAGUGAAUCUCUUAGACACCAUUUAUAUCCGAAUCAUGCACCUGUGACAGACUUCUAUCGUGUUGCAUCAAUGCGUGGCACAUAUUUGGCUACACGUUUAAAUCCAGAUCGUACGCUAUACACAGUCAUCACACAUGAUCGAGGCGCCAGUUGGCAUGCUUUAGGUACUCCCUUAAAUGUUCAAGACACUUGUCAAACUAAACCUACCACAACACUGAUGACAACAACAGCGACCGCAACAAUGAAAUCAUCGGACACGGGAAAUGUUGAUUCGUCUAUGACAUCUGUUAGAAUGAAAAACAACAGGAUUAUUGGAACACAAAGUGAUGGUAACUCUGUCGCUAACGGUGAAGAUGUUGCUAAUAAAGGCAACCUAGCAAACGCAGAUAAUAAUUUGUUAAAUCCUUCAUUGAAUCUUUUGAAAGAUGCCUCCGUAACAAAAGAGACAAAUACUACUCCAAAUGAGAUCUGGAGACCCGAUCCAAAUAUGGGUGAUUCUGUGGUUACAGAUCCCUCUUCAGUGAAGACUUGUGGUUUACAAAUCAGUAAUCAAUUCAGCAUUAAAAAUCGUGUCAUCGCUUCACCGCCAUUGUCAAUAGCGGCAGCACCAGGAUUGAUAUUAGCUCAUGGACAUGUGGCUACACACCUAAAAAAUACACCCGCUGAUGUAUUCGUCAGUUCAGAUGGUGGUUACACAUGGCUUAAAGCUCUUGAUGGACCGCAUCAUUAUCAAAUAGCUAAUCGGGGAGGCCUAAUUGUAGCUGUUCCUGCUGAAACUUUAUGGCCUGAUGUACUACGUUUUAGUACUGAUGAGGGAAGAUGUUGGCAUACUAUCCCACUGCGCACUGGUCAAUGGGGUAUCAGUGAAUCAAGCAGAUAUCACAUCAAUAGUGAUAAUGAUGACAGUAUUAAGGGAAAAAUUCAAAAUCAUAAUGAUGACAGUGUUGACGAUGAUGACGAUACAGGAGAUAAAAUAAAAGUAGCUAACGUGGAAGUAACAGAUCUUCCAUCUUCAGAAGCUCAUCAGAUUCUUCUUGACAACAACACUACAUCUAGUAAGAUGGAAUUUCUUACUAAAACCACCAGUUCUAAUGAUCCUGCUUAUUCUAUUCCUACCACUAUUAAUAACAACAAAAACAUUACUACUCCUUCAAGUACUAAACCAGUAACAAAUCGUAAUCAAUUAUACGAAAAUCAUAAUCAGCAAAAUGAUGAUGACGAUAAAUGGUCUACAUCAACACAAAAAACUGACGAAAUUGUUGUGUUCACUGGAUUAGUUACUGAACCUGGUGGUAGAGCCAUGGCUGCUGCUGUUUAUGGUUACGGUACAGCAACACAGAGGUGGAGAGUCGCUGUUGUUGAUUUUCGGUCGAAUGGAAUGAUUACACGCAAAUGCACCGACGACGAUUAUGAGAUCUGGAUACCACACUCAAAUGAAAAAGGUGAAAAAGAUGGUUGUCUCCUUGGAGUUCGAGAACAGUUCAGACGGCUUAAAAAGGAUUCUCUGUAAGCCAGCUAAACAAUUGUUAAUGUUACUUAUUGUUGUUGAUAUAAGUUUAAGUAAAACGUUAGGAUGUUAGAUAUGUUUUACUAGGUACUCAAAGUUGUGUAAUAGUGUAAUAUCUCCUGAUGAUUUGACAUGUGUCUAAAAGAAACAUUUAUGAUUGGACAUCAUUGCUUUUAAUAGAUGAAAAGGUCUACUUUCCUAUUCUGUUCUUCACAUCAGUUAUUUCAAAGGUAUCAGUGUUCUCCCAACUCUUUCAGCCUCUUGACAUUUGCACCUCGUCAAUCACAUACACAUCAAUGUACUGGGCAAAAAGCCUUAUGAUAUGAAUUGGAGUUCUAAACAAUAAUCUACCAGCUGAAAAUUAACUGUUCCAAACUAAAUAGCCAUAUCAUUUAGUUCAGUUUUGAUCUUCUCAUCGAUUGACUGGACCGAAGUGCUUGAUCUCAGGUUGACAUAUCGGCUCCUUGUGCAGAUGCGUCGACGAUGUUUGUUCAUGUAACUUGAAGUCAACUGGUACAUCCAGAUGACGAAUUCCAAAAAGGAUGAAAUGCGCAUCCUGGAUUCCAUUGCUAGUCACCAUCCACCAACUGACUUAAAAUAGCCAUAUCUCUAAAAAUACUUAUAUCAAUCAAAUUAGCCUGAUUUUACCAAUUCGUCGUAUGUUUAGAUAUUUUACUCUUAUUUUCCCUUAUUGAGUGGGUUUGCAGACGUACAUACUCCAGUAAGAAGUGAAGUUAUUACUCAUAAUAGCUAUGUGGAAAAUUUACUACUCUAGGUUAGUAGUAAUAGUAUUUCAUAUUGGCCAGUUAACAUUUUUAUCUUACUGAAACAAAAAUAUCAUUCUCUCAUGACGUUGACAUUUUACUGUUAAAAUUGAAUAUAAAUUCUAUGGAUAUACAUACGAUUUUGAAUGAAAAAAAAAGAAAUAUAUGCAUAUAUAUUUGACAGAAACGUGUUAUUUCCCCUCCCAGCUUUCAUUCAUUUUUCUGUAAGUAUGUGUACAUUUGCAUACUGUAUUAAACAGUCGUUUUUUGUAAAAAAAAAAGAAAAGAUGAGCAGAAAUUGUAAUAUAGUCCUAACUUCCCUGAAAUACUACAUUUAUCUUUAUAUUACUGGUUGCAUUUCCCUCGUCCCAUUUAUGGCCUUGGAAUGCUGUUGGUUACUGACUGUUUUAAUUUAUCAAUGUAAUUAGUGUCUCCCAGUGUCAUUUAAAGCAUAUAUAUGUACACAAGCGCUGUCAACCAUUUUUGCUGUUGAUACGAUACCAUAAAGGCUCCCUAUGUCAACUGUCUAUCUUCUCUUCUUGUCUACCUGUGUCACAGUUUCGGUGGUAUCGUGUUGCUGUUGUUUUUGCUAAUAUUGAUUAGAUCAGUAGGCUCGUAAAUCGACUAGGUAGGAAAUUCAUUAGCUCAGCUACCACCAAGUGUAUUGACGGUCAUGUCAGAAAUUGAAGAGAAUAGCAAUUAAGAUAUGUUGUAAUCUUUCGCUUUUUUUCAAUCCUGUUUAUCUAAUUAAGUUCACAAAAGUCAACAUAUCUUACUUCGUGUAUAUUGUAUUUAACGUAUUAAAAGUAGGCCUUAUAGUGUGUUUGUCUGUGUGUGUGUGUCUGUGAAAAACAAGAAAAUAUCCAAUUUUCGUCAAAUUAUGCAUAUCCUAACGACAUUCUGCAUGUCUUUCUGCAUGUCAUUGUGGGUGAGAGACUUGAAAAUUUCUCGUUUCAAGUUAUUUAUUUAGGGUAAUAUUAAAACAUGGACAUUCUUGAAAUAAUUUUGCAGUCUAUUAUUCAUUCUUGUAGAAGUUGGAUCUAAUUAUCGAUGACCUGGUGUUUCACCUUAAUUAUUCGGCACUAGUGACUUGUUAAUGCCCAUAUACUUACUGGUCAUAACAACCAAUACCCAGGUGAAUUGGAAUAGUUGCGAUAAAAGGUUGUCUUGUUAAAAUUGAGAUAACACGUCAGCUGUUUUUAGUUUACUAAGAAAACGAUCCCUAGUAAGAAAUAUGUAUGUCUGUUGUGCAUUUCUUGUUGAAUGUGCAGUUUCUUUCCUAUUUAAUCAUCUUAAGGCAUUAUUAUCUAAUACAAG